UGCCAGGUGUCGGCUGCAGCAUCAGCACCGCUCCACCUCCUCCUGUCCGCAGCAUCUCUCUCUCUCUCUCUCUCUCUGAGAGUGGAAAGACACGCUUGUGUUUCGUUUUGCAACUCAGCUGCAUUUGACCGACAUUCUUAAAUUAAUCAACUCUAGAGGAACCUGAAGAUUGAACCGUCCUCUCUUUCCACAAAGAGCCAUCAAAGACAGCUUUGUUAACUUACAGUAAAUGCCAGAUAAGUGGCGAGUUGAAGUAAAAUAGGUUCCAUGAGAUGACAUUUCGUCCUUGGAAUAAUCACCCGAAGGGCCAUCAUCACUCAGACCCUGAAGAGGAGAGACAGAGAGAGAAGAAACACUUGUAACUCCAUAGAUGGCCUCAACAGCCUGCAGGUGUCUUUGAGCGCGUCAAAAGAAUCGGUCCGACAUGAGCAUCCCAACUGGUUUUCAGGGACUGAGGGUCAAUGUUGAUAGAGGAGAAAAGAUUGGAAAUAAAAGCCAAAUUCAGUUCCCCCAAUCUGGAGAUGAUAAUGCCAAUCAAUUAUCUUUAAUUGGUGAUCAAGAAGGGAGAGGAUUGAUAGUGGACACAGGUUACAGCACAACCUCCAUCCCUCCAUUGGUCUCACAAAGUGAAUCCCCCAACAAGUUAGUGAUCUGGGGCUCUGGGCAGCAAUGUUUGGAGCCUGAGCUCAGAGAGUUUGAGCUUUUGGAGUGUCAGGAGAUACAUACAUUCUUAGGAAACAGGGACCAGGAAGUGGAGGAUGAGGAGGAGGAUGACGAUGGAGGAAGUAUGAGGGAUGGAAAGGAUGGGGGUCCCAUGUCCAUAUCCUCAAGCUCAACUGCCAGCUCUGCUUCGACAGGUGUGAGGAGAAAUGACAAUGACAACAACAAAGUGGAGAGCAGGAUACAGAGGGGCAAAGAGGUGCAGAAAAAGAUUGCCUGUCAUAGCACAGAAGAGCUAGACACAUGUGUGACAGGCUCAAUAGAGAAAAGGGACACCAGGUCAGGCAGAGACAGGGAGAGACGAAGGGGAGGUCUAAAGGAAUCCAAGUCUGAGACAAAUGUGUUUGUCUCCAAUCUGUCAGCUGUUUCCCUCAGCGGGAGCCUUUCAAGUGCUCUGGAUAGCAGCGGAGAAUUGCAGUCUUUCGUCCCUCUGUCCAACUCCAAGACCAGCCCUUUUCCCAAUACAACCAACACUACCUCAGCUCAGACCAGAAGAAGGGCAGCCCCUGUAGAUGCCAACCAGAACUCCCCACCACUGCAUCCUCAGGAGAAACAUGGCAGUCCCCAAUACUACAGCCAAGAUCAGAGACAGGAGGAGGGAAGUUAUCAUCGUAAUGGAUUGUCCUCUGAUGGGGGGCUGGGCCAAAGGAGGAAGGCAGGAUUUGAGGAGAGGGUGCUGCCACCACGACGGCAACAGCUCGUCAGACCCCUCUGUCAGACAGAGGUAGGAAGAGCGAGGAGCUUAGCAGAGCCCAGUGCUCAUCAAGCUGAGACAGGGCAACCUUCUUCCCCAAACCCCUCUCCAGAUUCACAGAGUAAUGGGUCAAACAGAAAGUUUACGAAAUCGUCUUUACGUGAACCAUCAGAUUUCUCCAACCUAUACAAAGCACCUGGAGUCUUACAGCCCAGGCAGCCCAACCAGGCAGCCCAGAGGGAGGCUCUACCUGUGGAAAAACAUUCUGCUCCAACUGCAUGGCGUAAUUCAAGUCCUUCAAAUCCUUCCACUUUAGAGAAGAAACCCCAGACUCAGCUCACAUACAGAAGGAAUUGCUCUAGUCCCAACAGGACGGGUGUUGAUUCCAGGUCAACUACCCCUCCCCACUCCCCUCUCAGGACACCCCAGGGUUCACCACGCAGGCAACCUUCCAUGUACCUCGUUUCCAGGAAUGUCCCUGGAGUGGUUAGACACAUCCCGUCAGGAUGCAACUCUGCUGUAACGACAUCAGCUCAGGGCUAUGGCAACAGUUGCAUGAGAGCACCAGUCAAAACAAAUAUAAGCACAAGUGGAAUCCCUAAAGCACCUCUUAACAACCAGCAGAGCUCUAACCACAACCCCAGCCCCAAAGAGAGCUCCCCAUCACCUAAACUUAAACCUAAAGGAGUUCGGCCCAAAAUUAUAACAUGCGUUCGAAAGAAUCCUCAGUUUAAGCCUCAGGCUGCUGACGGACCUUAUCAGGUAUCCUCUCUACCAUCCAGGCUGUCAGCAUACACACACGGCCAGACACCCACUUCCUUCAAAGACACCCCUAAAGACCCUUGCAAGCCCGACACAGAAACCAGAGGAGCCCCAAUGCUCAGUGCCUCCAAUCUGCUUUAUGACAAGUACCGCCAAGAGAUGCAGACAAACAUCUUCCCAUCAGGAAUGCUGAGCAGGAGUAUCAGGACCCCUGGACACACAAACACCGUCCCCCCUGCACACACACACAGCCACACGGCACCCUCGAAACUGGGUAGCAACUUCUACGGGGUACCAUCAGAGGUGGGGCGAUCUGCCAGUUUUAAAGGGAGUACUGCUGAGGAUGCGCUGCUGUCACGGACGGCCGCUCAAGCCGGAGGGAGCGGCAGCCUCCUGCGCUCCGGCAGAGGUCUGCGUCUGGGCCUGGGAGCUGUCACCAGGACGACUACUGGCUCAGCCAAGGGCAGAGGACCUGGUCAAGUUCAGAGGUCAACACUGAUCUUCAGCCAGCCAGUCCAACCUGUCAGCCCAGCGACCAGUCACAAAACCCAGGAUAACACAGAUGACCAAGUUUUCACCCAUAAUGGUCCUCCUGCUCCAGCGACAGCAGCAACCCAGCCCCAGGCGAUGGCCUCCAGGUCUCUGCUUCCCAAAGCAAGCCAGUCAGGCCUGCGCCCCCCAGGCUUCAGCUCCAGCCGUCUCCCCGCAGGCCGCCUGGCAGCCUUCGGCUUCGUCAGGAGCUCCAGCGUGUCUUCCGUCUCUUCGGCCAACUCCGCCGAAAGCACACAGAGUGACCCCUGCAGGACAGCUCACCGUCUGAGUGUAAGCGAGGAACCUCCUCUUCACAGAGUGAUCACUGGCCCUCCGUCGACAGAUCACCAGAGAGGGGCACCAUGUCGCAGCAACAGCCUCCAGCCGCCCUCUACCCCAGCCCUGCCUCGGCGCUACCUGCCUGCCCAGCCACGAAGCUCCCCUGGAGUUGGCAGGAAGGAGUUUCAGCGGAGUUCAGAGGUCACUCGUUCUCUCCCUUCGUCCCCAAAGAGGCUGGCGGUGGUUCCUCCCAAACCUCAGUCCCCGGUCCAGUGUGGGCAGCGGCCUGCAACAGCAGUGCGAGGGUCAUUUCCCCCGGGGUCCCCUCGCCGCGUGGCCCCCCUGAGGCUGCAGCAGGAACAGCAGGAGAGCCUGCAGAGGGAGAAAGAGGAGGCUCAACAGAAAGAGAGAGAAAGGCAAGCAGAGGAAAAAGAAAAAGAAGAACAAAGAGAAGAGGUUCAGAGGCUGCAGGGACGCUGUGAGCAGCAGGAGAGGCAGUUGGGAGCUCUUAAAGAAGAACUGAGGAAGACUUCCUUGGGUCUGGAAGCCUUUAUUAUCACCACUCAGCAUUACUGCCUCAAGAAUAAAACUACAGAAGAAAAUCAAAGGAAAUUGUCUUUGGAAAUGCAACAGAUCAGAGAGGAAAUGGCAUCCAACUCAGCGCGAUGGGAGAGACUCCAUCGGGAGAAGACAGCACUGGAGGUGGCGUUUGAGCGAGAGCUGCAGGAGCUGCAGCUGCAGCAGGAGGCGGAGCUGGCUGCUGUGGAGGAGGGGCUCAGAAAGUGUCACUCAGCAGAGGCGGAACACCUGAAGGAGGAGCAUCGGUCAGAGAUGGAGGAGCUGAGGACUCAGCAUCAGGAACAGAUGGAGGAGAUGACAGUCAACCAUGAGGCAGCCAUUCAGGAGCUCAGAGACAUGCAUAACAUCACCAUGGCAACACUGCAUGAGGAGCACGCCCGUACCAUGAGAGACUUGAGAAAAGCUCAUGAGCAACAGAAGAUGCUUCUCGAGGAGGAUUUUGAGAAACUCCGGCUUUCUCUACAGGAUCAAGUGGAUACCCUCACAAUUCAAAACCAGAGUCUGAAGAACAAAGCCAAACGUUUUGAGGAGGCUUUAAGGAGGAGUACAGAUGAACAGAUAGUCGAUGCUUUGGCUCCAUACCAGCACAUUGAGCAAGAUCUGAAGAGCUUGAAGGAGGUUGUGGAAAUGAAGAACCAGCAGAUACACCAACAAGAGAAGAAGAUCUCCGAUCUGGAGAAAGUGCAGGCCCAAAAGAACGUGUUCCUUGAGGAGAAGGUCCAGGUUCUGCAGCAGCAGAAUGAAGAUCUGAUGGCCCGUAUUGAAAAUAACCUAGUCCUGUCUAGGCAACUGUCUGAGGAGAACGCCAACCUCCAUGAUUCGGUUGAGAAGGAAAGCUGUGAGAAGAAGCGGCUGAGUCGGAACAACGAGGAGCUUCUGUGGCGUCUCCAGACCAGCCCCCUCAUGUCCCCUGCCUCCUCCCCGCUGCACCGCUCCUUCUCCACCUCUCCUGUCCCCUCAUCCCCAUUCUUCUCCUCCUCACCUGUUGCAGGGUGCGACUCUCCAACCCACUGCCACGGCUGCCCCCAGCAGGCUCAAUACUGCUCCCCCUCCCACAGAGCCGCCACCAAUCAAAAUCUCUCCCCUGGACCAGCCACACCCACUCACAGGGCAGCGAGCAAUCUGAAUUACUCACCUGGCCCGGCCACGCCCACUCACAGGGCAGCGAGCAAUCUGAAUUACUCACCUGGCCCGGCCACGCCCACUCACAGAGGGCCAGCUAAUCGCUGUAACACAGCCACUUCUCUCAGCUCGUUGCAAAGAUAAGCUCACAUUUCGCUCUCGCUUCAAUUUUCAUAACUGGCUCCUUGUCUUUCAUUUUCAUCGUUAUCCUCCUCCCUUUUUAAAUGCAAAUGGCAUUGAAGUACAAGCUGGGGAAAAACGACUGUGGCCUGCAGUCAUCAAAGGACAAACUAGGCAGACAGUCAGUUUCAAAGCACCGAGGUUACAGCGUCCUUAACUUGUCAAGCCCGUACAGCCGGUGGUGUCCAUAUUAUGUGGAACAUAUAAAUACUGUAAUGGAAAAUGGAUGCAGAUGACUGCGGCUCAGUUCUCUGUCCCCAAUGAGUCUUGAAACGCAGACUGUACAUACUGUAUGAUAGUGACACAGAUCGUGUCGACAUGUAGUGAAGCCUCCCUGCAUGGGUAGUCAUGAGUCCCGCACAGACAGAAACUGUACAGAUGGAAAGUAGCACACUCUUGCCAACAGAACAAAAUUCCAUGGUGUGUUAAAAACACGCUCUUGUCUUUGAUAAAAUAAGCUAUAUAAUAUCUCUCUCUCUCUCUCUCUCUCUCUCUCUCUCUCUCUCUCUCUCUCUCUCUCUCAUUGGGAUUAGUUUCUCAUUGUCAAUUUUUGUUUGUUUUUGUUUUUCGUCUGAAAAAAUCCCCAACAAAGCGCCUUAUACUCAGUCUUGCUGUCUCACCAGCAGAGAACGACCAACCUUUUAUUUCACGAAGGACUUUGGAUAAAGAAUUGGUUUCUUAAUCAAAGUGAAUCAUGUUCUUCAGCCUCCUCAAGGUGUAUUUAACAUUUUUUAAUUAGUUCAACAAUGGUAGUUUUACUCGUGUGGGACAACCCUACCUGGAACCCCAGCCAUUUUACCUGCAAAAUCCAGACAACCUAAUGUUCAAACUUUUGCCAGGUCUUCCUGCAGCAUCUCGCCACCGAGCUACUUUUCACUUUGGGAUCCCUCAGGUCUACUUGCAAAAACUAUGUCUGCCAUUUUGUAUUUACCUCAUCGGGAACGUGCAGUCUGUUGUGUCUGUUUAGCUCAACAGCAACAACAAAAACACACAGCUACCAGGGAGCUCAACGCUACAGGGGGCGGGAAACCUAACACAGGAAUCACUAUUUUAAAUGUUGUGGAUUUCUUUUCUUUUUUCUUUUUUUUUUUUAAAUCUGAUGUUUAUAUCUUAUUUAUUUGUUACAUGUAUUUUGCUAAUUAAGCAAGCAUGUACUGUGAAAGUCUUCCAGUCGUAAUGUGAAACUUACUAUUGCUGUGGUCUGUCUAUUUAUUAAGUUUGAGGUGUGAAGGAAAUGAAUGGUGUUUGUAACUUUGAAAAUAUCACCUAUAAGACACAAGUGGAAUAUGUGAUGUACCCCAGGAGAAAGGAGCUAUACUGACUUGCUGUCAUUACACAUACAUAGGUAGUGUUCAGGGGACUGUCUUAUGAUAUUAUAAUGGGACUAUAAGCUAUGUAGGUUAAACAAAAUGGGUUAACCCCCUGUUUACCUCUUUGUGACUUGUGUUGCAAAGAUGAGUGUCGCCCUUUCUAAAUCUGUGUUAACCUCUUCAUAACCUUUUUUCUGAUGCUUCUUGUUUCUUUAUCUGAAUGACACUUUUUAUCCCUUAGGAUUACCUUCAAACUUUUGCGAGCUACACUGAAUUCUCUGUGUGCAAGAAUAUAUCAUUCAGGGAAUUAUUUUCUAAAUUUAGAUUAGAAAUUCUUUUGUAUAGCUUCUCUACAGAUCAUUAUACACCCAAGAUAUUUCCCAGGAUCAUUUUCCACUUAUAUAAAAUACAAUAGAGAAACCAACCUUUGGUAUAUAAAAAUGAGAAUUAUUUUAUAGCAUACAGUUUGUCAUAGCUGCCUCCUGUACUGUACUCUACUGACUAACUUACCCUCAGGGUCCUAUUCUUUCAUCUGGCUUUUUCAUUGAAAACUACAGUAUAAUACAGUGUAAUCUCAGUGAUUUACUCACACAUGAACAAACAAGGCCGUUCAGACUACACAUGUAAAUGAGCCGCUGUAAAUAAAAAAGGCCAGUGAGAAGGGAUGAGAGUAAAUCUGUGUUGGCUGUUGGCAGUCACAGCAACAUUGCUAAUGGGAGCAUGUGUUAGGGUUAGUCACUUUUCUGAGUAAAUGUAACCUUUUACCAGCAUGUGAAGAAUGGCAUUUCUGGGUUGCCAGUUUUUCAGUAAAGUAAUAGACUUUUAAGUAGAUCUUUAAUUUCUAUAUAACGGCACUUUUGAUGGCCGUGAAAAAGUAAAAAAAAAAAAAAUCUUUUCAUGGAUUUUCGAGAUUUUUUGUAUGACACACAGGGUUAAAUGCUCUUAAACGAAAGAAUGUCAAAUACAGCAAAGGAAUUUGAGAAAUGUAUCUCAAUUCUCACUGAUUUUAUACCUACACUGAUGGUUUUUGAGAAUGUCUUUGCAUAACCAUCAAUUGUAAGAAUAUACCAGUCAGAGUGUCACUGUGUUUUCGAAUGUUGUAGGAUUGCAGUUCACCUACGUCAUUGAAUGGUUUUUCAGGGUCCCCCUAAAGGUCACUUCAGCUGCAAAAACAUACAAGUCUACAAAGAUGCAACAAAAACUAUUGUUUACAAAUGGCAGCGUAAAAUCACAUAUUUCAUCUUCAAUUAAUAUUUCACCUUUGAAUGGACUAUGAUUUCUAAACAAUGAACUGGUAUUGUAAUGACCCUUCAAUGUGUCCUGUGGACAUUUGUGUCUCACUAUGCGCUGAAUGUCAAAGAUGUAAUGACUGCAUUUUAUAGAAGUUAUUCAUGUGAUUUUGUUUGAUAUAAUAAGACCUCUUGUCUGACCACUAUGUAGCAGCUAUUUCAUAUGUAGCACUUCGUUGAGCCUCCCCAAAAGAAACAUGGGUAAUUUAUCUAAUCCAUUAGGGAUUGAAACAUCCAUGUUCAUGUUUAAAUGCUGUUGUAGCAAAUGUUUCCAUGGCUUAUCAACUUUCAGCAGUAGAAUUUGAAUUUGAGGAGGUAAGCUGUAUAAUUACCCUGUGUGGAUUUGGUCCAGAGACAAAGUUUUCUGAAUUUGUUUGUUCUGGCACUGCUUGUACGUUUGAAUGUAAAUACAUUUACGACAUGAGUUGUGUCUUAGUGCACCAACAAAAUAAUAGAAGCAUGUUUUUUCUGUCCUUGCUGUUUCUCGCUCUCCCUUUCUCUUCUUUUACCUCUCUGCAUUUGUGAGUGUCAAAAUGUAACUGUAGUGUAGGAGGCCUAGAGGACGAGGAAUGAGAUAGCUCAACAUGUAAUGUAUACAAAAUAUGUUGAUGCUUUUAUUUGUACUUUUUGGGGAGAACAUAGUAUUAAAAGAUAUUCAAGAAAA